GCUAUCACAAAGAUGGUACAAGAAACCAUGAAAUUUCUUGACGGUACACCGGAUCAAGAAACAAAGUUGGAAUUGAUUGACACAUUACGUACAGUGACUGAAGGAAAAAUCUAUGUUGAAGUUGAACGUGCUCGUUUAACACGUUUGUUAUCAAAAAUUAAAGAGGAUGAAGGCAAGAUUAAUGAGGCUGCUGACAUAUUACAAGAGUUACAG